AUGUCCGGGAAAAAGGUUAAUUCGGAAGCGGCAGAAGAUGAUAUUGGUCCGAAGGUGUCCUUCCUAGAUUGGAAAAUGAAAAAAGAGAAGGAAGCCGCAGCGAACAAUCCACCAGACAACACCAGAAAUAAAGCUGUUAGAUCUAAAAAACUUUCUGCCCCUCCACCACCCCCACCAUUAAUUGCUGGUAAUAUGUACAACAAUAAUAAUCCGCAAAUGAAUAUGAAACGAUGGAACUAUUCUCAAAAUAACAGUAACAUGAAUAUGAACUUCAAUAAUAAUUUCGAUUUUGGUAAUAGUGGUAUGAAUUUCAAUAACAAUAACAACAAUUUUGGCAAUGAUAGCAUAAAUUUCAAUGGAAACAAUGGUUACAAUAGGUCAAUGAAUUUCAAUGGAAACAACUUCGGUUUUAAUUGUUUGAAUAAUGCAACGAACUUCAAUGGCAACCAAUUUGGAAAUAAUUUUAAUUCGGGCAAUUUCAAUGGAGGAAACAAUUUCAAUGGCCAAUUUAACAAUGGUAUGAAUAUGAAUUUUUCCUGUAAUAACUCUUGGGAUUUUCUAAACAGUGGAAAUAGUUUUAAUGCACAAGGUGGUUUCAAUAGACAGAACGGAAACAGACCCAAUGGAUCCGACAUGCCAAGGAAUACUAAUUCAUCCGAUUCCUUUUUCAAAACUGACACCUUAUUUAGACAAAGAGAUAUGAUUAAAGAAACUAUUCAAAUGAAUCCGUUUCGUUACAAUCCUAGAGCUAAGAGGCUACUUGAUGAACUUCAAAGGGCUGUAACAGCACCAGCAACGGGCAAAAAUAAACCCAAGGCUGCAAAGAAGGAAAUUGAUGUGAAAAAAUCAACUGCUUUCACAGAAGAUUCGGAUAUAAAAACGGAACCUGAAGUAUACGUCCGAAAUCCACGCUAUGAACCAAAUAAGCCCUACAUACCACUGCCAAAGCCUCCGGAUGUAAACGCUAGCUCUCCCUCAGAACGUAAACAAAUGUGGAAAGAGUACAACCAAGCAGUCAAGCCAUACAAAAAUAGAGAAUUUUAUAAUGCCAAACGUGUUGUCCAGAGAUUGGGUAAGAAAGAUCCAAGCGAAUUAGAAGAAAAAGAUCGCCUCCGUUUGGAGGCAGCCAGGGAGAAAAUGGCUGCUUACAAGAAGAAGCUUGAAGAAAAGUAUGGUCAGAAUCACACGAAAUCAACAAUUUUAAACACAUCAGCUCCUAACGAAACUGCAAGCCACGUGCCGUAUGCAAACUAUGGCAAUUUCGGAAAUAUUGGUGACGCGCCGGUAGAGUCGAAAAGCAAGAUUGAAACUAAUAAUACAUGGGGAAGAAAAAUAUUAGGCGGUGGAACAAAAUAUCCCUAUUUCGUCUCUGGUGGAGUAAUGACUUCUGUAGCAUCAACUAACGAUCGUGUAUCUACGUAA